CGGCCGAGGACUCUUUCGGCACGAAGCAAUCAAGCGAAGCAAAAGCGCGUUCACGCCGCGAUUAAUUGCACGCGCCUUACGCCCUUACCCACACCCAUCACCGCCCCGCGACCACUAUAUAAAUUAACACCCGCGAUGCCCCAAAAUUCCAACUGGAAGAGAAGCGAGGACCAUCUCUAGCGACCUUACCUACCGAUCGACAGCGGUUCCGCCGCCGCGUGCUAAGAACCGGCAGCAGCGAAGCGAGGCGAGGGAUUCGAUUCGAUUCCAUUCGACCGAUGAAGCAGCAGCAGCAGCAAGAAGCGGCGCGGUGCCAUCUCCUGGCCGGGGCCGCCUCCCGCCACGACGCGGCGGAGGCAGAGGCGCCGGCGGUCACCAAGGGUUGCGCGACGAUCUGGGUCGGCGCGUCCGCGGAGGAGAAGGAUCGCGAUCAGGGGGAUCAGGAGCUGCGGCGGUUCGCGGUGCCGGUGGCGCUGCUGGGGCACCCGCGGAUCCUGGAGCUGCUCGGGGAGGCGCGGGAGGAGUACGGGUACGCGCACCAGGGCGCCGUCGUCGUCCCCUGCGGCGCCGAGCGCUUCCAGGAGGCGGUGGACGCGGCGAGGGCAGAUCAACGGCACCGGCAUCACCACCACCACCACCACUUCGGCGGCCUUCCUCACCAACUUGCCGGGUGCUUUAGGCCCUCGCGUGUUGUUGCUUAGGAUCGGAUCGGGAUCCCUUGGGCUCGGCGUCUUUAAUCAUUUCUUGGUCUGGUGAUCGAAUUGGUAUCCACGACCAUGUAAAAUUUGGCACGCACAUGGCGUCUAGUUGAUCGGAUUGCCGUGAAUCAUGCGGCCAUUCUUUCCGGGUAGACCAGAGGUUAACUGAUUUGUAGUUUCUGUUGUACAUGUGACAGAGAAUUCUUGUAUAUGAUCCUUCCAUUGUUGGUCAAGUCAAUUUGUUCUCCGCCCGACUCUAUCAUCCACAGAGUCGAAUCAACUGCAUCGUGGUACCCUUCCUUUUUGGUGUUUA